GUGUUUGCAUCCGGGUUCUCAGGCUUCCUCAAUCCUCACCGGCUGGAGUCGCUGGCGGGUUGCUGGGUGUGUUAGGUCCUGCUGUUCCGUCGUUGGAUGAGGCUGGAGGUCCGCCGGUUUCAACCUCUUGGACUAAGAGCUGUACAUCACCAAUAAUGAGGCUUGUAAUUCUUGAUAACUAUGACUUGGCCAGUGAGUGGGCGGCCAAGUACAUCUGCAAUCGUAUCAUCAAAUUCAAGCCUGGACAGGACAGAUACUUUUCACUGGGCUUACCAACAGGGAGUACACCUUUAGGAUGUUAUAAAAAACUAAUAGAAUACCACAAGAGUGGAAACCUUUCAUUUAAAUAUGUGAAGACUUUUAACAUGGAUGAAUAUGUUGGACUUCCAAGAAACCAUCCUGAAAGCUACCAUUCUUAUAUGUGGAAUAACUUCUUUAAGCAUAUCGACAUAGAUCCUAAUAAUGCUCACAUCCUCGAUGGGAACGCUGCUGACUUGCAGGCAGAGUGUGAUGCAUUUGAGGAGAAAAUAAAAGAAGCCGGAGGAAUAGAUCUUUUUGUUGGAGGAAUAGGUCCAGAUGGUCAUAUCGCUUUCAAUGAGCCAGGAUCCAGUUUAGUAUCAAGAACAAGAUUAAAGACUCUAGCAAUGGACACCAUUUUAGCAAAUGCAAAAUAUUUUGAUGGAGAUUUAUCAAAAGUGCCAACCAUGGCUCUAACUGUUGGUGUGGGGACAGUGAUGGAUGCCAGGGAGGUGAUGAUCCUCAUAACAGGUGCACACAAGGCGUUCGCGCUGUACAAAGCCAUCGAGGAAGGAGUCAAUCACAUGUGGACUGUGUCCGCUUUCCAGCAGCAUCCCCGGACUAUUUUUGUAUGUGACGAGGAUGCUACUUUAGAGUUAAGAGUUAAAACUGUGAAAUACUUUAAAGGUUUAAUGCAUGUGCACAAUAAACUUGUGGACCCACUAUGCAGUAUGAAAGAAGGGGACUGAAGAAGACUGAGUCUGACCGCUUGGGAAAAAAAAAGAACCUUUCCAUACUGAUAAAAUUUCUGCUUAUGCAAUAUGACAAAAAUGGUAAAAUAGGAAGACUCAUUACAAAGAAAAAGCCCACGGUGUGUUAAACAUUCCACAUUUAGAAUGUGUCUGUUUUACACUAGGCCCUAGAAGUAAUUGGAUCCCAAAAUUGUUUAGCUGUUCUAAAGUAUAGAAGCUCCAUGGCUACCUAUAAAGAGUCUAGCAGUGAAAUGUUUGCAUUUUAAGAGAUUUCUGCACUCUCAGGUCCUGUGAGUGACGUCAUCUCUUUGACUUAUUUGAAGACACUCCAAGCCUUUCCAAUAUCACCCUGCUGUCAUUACAGACCUUCACUCUUGGAAUGGGUAUUUGUUUGUGCAUCAGACACAUGCUUUUUGCCUGUAGUUGCCUUAGUCAUCUUUCUGCAGUAGCAUCUGGACAUCAGGAGUCCUACUCAUUAAUCAAGGAACUCUGAGGAGAUGACAGUGCCCUAAAGUAGUUUACAUCCUUUCAGAAAGUCUGUGUGAGUGCAUGCUUCUAUGCACCUUCUUCUGUGGUACUUUUUUACAGAUAUGCUUAUUUUUAUUUAAUGACCUGGGUUAAUGCUCUUAAUAAUUAUAUCGGCAAUUAUGAGCUUUAUACUUAGCUACAAACGUAAAGAAAUCCUUUUGAAAAACAUUUUCUGAUUAUUGUUAAAUUUUGUAAAUCAUCCUUAUAUAUGUCUAAAGAGAUAUUAAGUAUGUACUAAAAUAAUUACUGUAAACGUUUAAAUUGCAAUAACUUGCAUAAUUAAGUUGCAAAUAAAAAUAUUGUUUUCUAUCUUUAACUUAAAGUUUACAAUAAAACAAUUAUCUAAUUUC